GCCUCAUCCCCCUUUGUGCCAUCCGGGUCUCUCGCGCGAGCGAUUUAGUCUGUGGCGAAGCGUCGGGGCGGCCGGUACUGUUGAGAGCGGCAAGUGGAGGCGCCGCACUAGCGGCAAGGACUCUGGACUAUGGCGGCUAGUGACACAGAGCGAGAUGGACUAGCCCCAGAAAAGACAUCCCCAGAUAGAGAUAAGAAAAAAGAGCAGUCAGAUGUAUCUAUUUCUCCUAGAGCCUCAAAACAUCAUUACUCAAGAUCACGAUCAAGGUCAAGAGAAAGAAAACGAAAGUCAGAUAAUGAAGGAAGAAAACACAGGAGCCGGAGCAGAAGCAAAGAGAACCAACUUCUUCUUAAAACAGGCAAGAAGACACGAAUCCAAAGAUAAAUCAUCUAAGAAACACAAGUCUGAGGAACAUAAUGACAAAGAACAUUCUUCUGAUAAAGGAAGAGAACGACUAAAUUCAUCUGAAAAUGGCGAGGACAGACACAAACGCAAAGAAAGAAAGUCAUCAAGAGGCAGAAGUCACUCAAGAUCUAGGUCUCGUGAAAGGCGUCAUCGUAGUAGAAGCAGAGAGCGGAAGAAGUCUCGAUCCAGGAGUAGGGAGCGGAAGAAGUCAAGAUCCAGAAGCAGAGAGAGGAAGAAAUCAAGAUCCAGAAGCCGGGAAAGAAAACGUCGGAUCCGAUCUCGAUCCCGUUCAAGAUCAAGACACAGGCAUAGAAGCAGAAGCAGGAGUAGGACAAGGAGUAGAAGUCGAGAUAGAAAGAAGAGAAUUGAAAAACCAAGAAGAUUUAGCAGAAGUUUAAGCCGAACUCCCAGUCCACCUCCCUUCAGAGGCAGAAACACAGCAAUGGAUGCACAAGAAGCUUUAGCUAGGAGGUUGGAAAGGGCAAAGAAAUUACAAGAACAGCGAGAAAAAGAAAUGGUUGAAAAACAAAAACAACAAGAAAUAGCUGCAGCAGCUGCAGCCACCGGAGGUUCUGUUCUCAAUGUUGCUGCCUUGUUGGCAUCAGGAACGCAAGUUACCCCUCAGAUAGCUAUGGCAGCUCAGAUGGCUGCCCUGCAGGCUAAAGCUUUGGCAGAGACCGGAAUAGCUGUACCUAGCUAUUACAACCCAGCAGCUGUGAAUCCAAUGAAAUUUGCUGAACAAGAGAAAAAAAGGAAAAUGCUUUGGCAGGGCAAGAAAGAAGGGGACAAAUCCCAGUCUGCUGAAAUAUGGGAAAAAUUGAAUUUUGGAAACAAGGACCAAAAUGUCAAGUUCAGGAAACUAAUGGGUAUUAAGAGCGAAGAUGAAGCUGGAUGUAGCUCAGUUGAUGAAGAAAGUUACAAGACUUUGAAGCAACAGGAAGAAGUAUUUAGAAAUCUAGAUGCUCAGUAUGAAAUGGCAAGAUCACAGACCCACACACAAAGAGGAAUGGGAUUGGGUUUCACAUCAUCAAUGCGAGGAAUGGAUGCAGUUUGAAAAAGAUCAGACCUACUGUUUGGGACUUUAUAGACUUCUGGUUCUGAUGUCAGGUCCUUGUUCACCAAACAGCUAGCAUUCUAGCUUGCAUGGGUGUUGCAUUGACUUUAAUUUAUUGAAAAAUACGAUUUUUUGUAAAUAUCAGAUCAGUGAUACUGGUGUUAGUGUUGUAAUCAGGUUAAACACACUUCCAUUAAACUUGACAGGACUAUAGAAGGACAAUAUUUUUUAGUUCAUGAAUUCUACUUUUCAAAUAUAUAAAAGCUGCAGGUGGGAUAAAAUCUCAUACAUGGAUAUUUCGUGUCCGCUGUCUUGUGUACUUUUGUACUUAACCUUGUACAGUUAUUUUCAUCUCUUGAAACAUGAAAGAAAUGUUAUGUAGAUGUUCUUUAGAAGAUCUGGCCAUUUGGUACAUAAUCCAGCACAAAUAAGCUGGGUGGUGAUGAUAAUAAAAAUGGUUUUCUCAAAACUGGUGUUAAUUUAAGUUACCUGGAAUUCUUAUUUGAAUUUGUUUGAUGGGUUUUGUAGCAUUUUGCAAUUGCUAUUAGAGAACACUAGGUAGAAAUUCCUUUUUUUUUUUUUUUUAACAGUUAAUUAUGCUCUAGGCAAUACCACGGUGAGCAAAAAUGUAAAAAGUUGGGAGGAAUAACAAACAUUAAUACUGUUUUCCUACUACUCUAAGGAACAGAAUCGGUGUACAAUAUUUGUUCAAUAUUCCAUGUUAUUCAGGAAAUAGAUUAAUACAUUAAAGGGAUGUAAGCACUUUUAUUUUAAUAAAGUGCCUUGUAACAA